CUUCUUUAAUAAAAUUAUGGAAUACUUUAUUUAAGUAUAAAAUGUUGUUUUUGGUCAUGUCUAGAAAAACUGAGAAAUCAUGGCACAUAUUGAUUUUAUCGUGGAUGUUGUGUGGGAAGAGCUAUGACGUUGGCAGGCCUUAACACAAAUCAGUUGAGAGAAUUACAGGGUCUUUUCUUGCGAAGAAUUAUCCCAUUUGAUUACGUCGUAUUUUUCCAGUAACUUUACAAAAGAAAAUUAGAAGACAGAGCUAUUUUUAACAAGGCUUAUGGUUCAAAAAUGAAAUCGUGAACUUUUAAAGAUUUAAAUGUGUGUACAAUAUGUGCACAUUAGUACAAAAUAAAAAUGAAUUUUAUUCAGUGACAUGAUUAAUGUUCAUAAAUUUAAGUCUACAGAAAUGACUAUACAUCAUUAACAAUGAUUAACUAUAGCAGAAAAUUGCUUUCUAAUCUACUACUCUACUUGGCUGAACUCAUGCAUCGUACAAUUUAUAGAUAAAUGUUAAUGAUGUUUAUUUUAUGUAUUUAUAAUCCGAUUUUUUAAAACGAAACAAGUUUUACAACAGUUUUUUUGUGAGUGCAGUGUCCCACAGUAUGCGUGCAAAUCACACACAGCGUUUCUUUAUCGAAAUUCGAAUAUCGUUUUUUAACUACAAUUUUUAUCCAGAUCAAAGCAAUCAGUGCUUUAAAAUUGAAGGUGAACCGUAAUUUUACUGACGUGGUAAAAUUACCGUGAAUUACCGUGAAAACACGUGAUUCAUAUCAAACAGUACCAUUGGCUACCGAACGAUUGGGGUAGAGAGAAAACAAGGAAGUGAGGUUAGGUCUGAUUAGUCUCCCCCCACCAUCGUUCGCGUGCGGACGUCAUCUGAUACCCAACAGCACCUAACAUCUGCGACAUCUGCGAGGAUUCACGGACUUCGUAGCGGAGAUCCGAGGCAAUCGUUGAAUGUUCUGCUAAAAGGGCAUUUGUACAUUCCCUACUAUCCUUUCUCAUAGUGUUUACGUCACAGUGUCACGCAAAAAUGUGGUCCUCCACGGGAAGUACCGUCUACUUCCUCGCGUUCCUGGCCCUCGUCAGCAGCUACAGCCUCAGGUCGACAGAAAAAGUAAACGAGGACUUCAUCACACCACAUUACUCACAUUAUGAAGAACUCCAAAAUCUUUUCAACGAGUUGGUUGAGAAGUACUCAAAUCUAGCAAAAAUACAUUCCAUUGGAAAGUCCGUUGAAGAUAAAGAUCUUCUCGUCUUGGAGAUCUCAGAGAACGUAAAUAAGAGAGCUCUAGGUGAACCAAUGGUAAAGUAUGUAGCAAACAUGCAUGGCGAUGAAGCUGUUGGUAGACAGCUUCUUGUGUUCUUGGCACAGUACUUUUUACAUAAUUAUGGGAUCAAUGAGAGGAUAACGAGGCUGGUUAACAAUACUGAUAUUUACUUAAUGCCAUCGCUGAAUCCAGAUGGCUUUGAAAAAUCCCAGGAAAGAUCUUGCGAGUCAAAGAAAGGUUUCCUAGGAAGAGAAAAUGCAAAUCAUGUUGAUUUGAAUCGAGAUUUUCCAGAUGAAUUUCAAAAAGUAGAUAAUAAAUCAGGUAGAGAAAGUAAUAUAGUUGACGGAAGGCAGAAGGAAACGGUUGCUAUGAUGACAUGGAUUGCUAGUGAACCCUUUGUUCUUUCUGGAAAUCUUCACGGUGGUGCCGUUGUUGCUAGUUAUCCAUAUGAUUCAGGAAUAUCAGAUGUUUGUUGCAUUGAAAGUAAAUCACCAGAUGAUAGAUUAUUUCGACACUUAGCUCAUUCCUAUGCAGACAAUAAUCCAGAAAUGAAGAAAGGUAACACUUGCCCACCAGAUGAUUUCCCAGGUGGAGUUACAAAUGGUGCUUAUUGGUAUGAGAUCCAAGGAGGCAUGCAAGAUUUUAAUUAUUUUCACUCUAAUGCAUUUGAAGUCACAUUAGAAUUAAGCUGUUGUAAAUAUCCAUCAGCUUCAAAAAUGCCAGAAUUUUGGCAACUUAAUAAAGAAUCUCUUAUCACGUAUCUUGAACAAGUUCAUAUUGGAAUUAAAGGCCUUGUAACAGAUAUUCAUGACCAACCAAUCGAAGGUGCUGAAAUUGUCAUUGCAGGAAUAAAUCAUAAUGUAAUAACUACAAAUCGUGGUGAAUAUUGGCGUUUACUAGUCCCUGGUACUUAUAACGUUUAUGUCACUGCAUGGGGCUACCAACGAAGCGAUGUAAUGAAUGUAACGAUAAGAGAGGGUGAGCCGCCUGUAAUCGUAAAUUUUACAAUGAAGCCAGAACCUAUCAACAAACAAGCAAGUGAUGGGGCCUCAGAAGUUGAAAUAUUAACGAGAUCAGUAGACGAAUAUGGUUUCCUACGUUCGACGAAUUUUGAGCAUCACAAUUAUACCUCGAUGAAAAAAUUCUUGGAGGACCUCAAUAGAUCCUAUCCAGAUAUAACUCGGUUAUACAGCAUUGGUGAGUCGGUCCAGGGCCGCCAGCUGUACGUUAUGGAGAUAACGAAAAAUCCUGGAAUACAUAAUGCUUCUAAACCGGAGGUCAAGUAUGUCGGCAAUAUGCAUGGAAACGAGGUCGUUGGUCGAGAAGUCCUGUUAUUGCUGCUCAAGUAUCUUUGCGAGAAUUAUGGAACCGACUUACGGGCCACUAGAAUAGUGGACACAAUAAGGCUUCACAUUCUACCGAGCAUGAAUCCUGAUGGUUACGAGAUAUCUAAAGUCGGCGAUGCUUCCGGUAUCCGAGGACGAGCCAACGCUAAAGGGAUGGAUCUUAAUAGGAACUUUCCGGAUCAAUAUGUCGUGACCAAAGAUAAUAAAUAUCAAGAGCCUGAAACUAGAGCUGUGAUGCAGUGGAUCCAACAAGUUCCCUUCGUACUCUCGGCGAAUUUGCACGGCGGCGCUUUAGUAGCAAAUUAUCCAUACGAUGAUAAUCCGGAUCAGAUAGAAAGCUCACCGAAUCUUAGUCCAGAUAACGACGUCUUCAAAAUGCUCGCAAUGACUUAUUCAAACGCGCAUCCUCGCAUGCAUCUUGGUGAACCCUGCAGCCCGCCUCCAGGUUCACCCUCGCUUGACAAAAAUUUUCUCAACGAACGAUUCCCUAAUGGCAUCACUAAUGGAGCAGCCUGGUACUCUGUACCUGGUGGUAUGCAAGAUUACAAUUACGUACACAGCAACGACUUCGAGAUUACCCUGGAAUUAGGCUGCAUUAAGUACCCAUUCCCUGAACAGUUACCGAUAUAUUGGGAAGAGAACAAGGAACCGCUCUUGUCUUUCAUUGAAAAGGCUCGCAAGGGUAUCCAUGGUUCUGUUCGAUCAUCCAUUGGCAGUGCGAUAUCUGGUGCGCGAAUCCAUGUGGAAGGAAUCGAUCACGACGUUUUCUCUGCAAAAGAUGGAAGCUACUGGCGUAUUCUCGUUCCCGGAACUUAUAAUGUCACUGUAAGCGCUGCAGGAUACGAAUCGGUUACUCAAAAUGUGACAGUUCCACCUCCGAGUCAACAAUUGGAAGGUGAAGUAACUUUGGAUUUCACCAUGAUGCGAGACGACCCCGAACACUGGUCGUCUGCGUAUGAUUUUCGUAUAAUAGAUAAUUUAAAAAAUGGUUACCUAAAAAAUGCCGAACUAAGUGCCAAACUCGGGCAAUUAGAAAACCGUCAGCCAGAUACCGCAGAAUUUAAUGCAGGAGACUCGAUGGUUAGCAUGGCCAUUCAUUCGCUGAAAGUCACACAUGACAUGGGUGCUCCGGAAGAGAACAAACUUCACAUUGCUUUAAUUGGCGGAUUAUUUGCCUCUCAACCUGCUGGUAGAGAGAUUCUUCUACGUUUAGCUACACAUAUAUUGAAGGGCAAUCUAAUUGGGCAUCCUCCUAUCAUGAAGUUACUGGACAAUGCUGUUUUACAUUUUAUACCAGGAGUAGAUCCAGGCUUUGACAACGUGGCAGAUGACUGUAAUCCUAUAGUUCACGAGGAAGUUGGUCAAAGAUUGUUAGCAACAAAGAAGGGAGAACUUCGAGAAAUGGAUGCAGUUACGAGUGCAUUUAAAGAAUUGUUACGCGUCGAAAAUUACGAUGCAAUCAUAACAUUAAGCGGAGGUGCUAAACAAGUCAGUUGUGCGGACAAUGAAUUGAAUACUUAUAAAGUUUUGGCUGAAAAAUAUAAAUCUGUAAUACAUCGAGAAUCCUGUGAGCCUCAAGAUAAUGGUAUGACUGCCGUCCAAAAUUACAUUCAAAAUAAAUACGAUAUUCCAGUGAUAAAUAUAGCCAUGUCAUGCUGCAAAUAUCCUUCAUCUGAAUCAAUUCCACUCAUUUGGAGAGAAAAUUUACAACCUUUAAUGGAACUUCUCGAAGACCUGGUCACAGGAGUUCGAGGGAUGGUAACGGAUGAAUUAGGGACACCUCUUCGAGAAGCAGUCGUACGAAUUGGUUCGCAUGUGCAUCAGUUGACUCAAAACAUGGCAUACUUUAAAAUAACUUUAAUUCCUAACAAUUACACGCUAGCGUUUUCUUGUAAAGGAUAUGUCCCCAAGACGUUAAUAGUUCAAGUCAAAGAAAAAGAAUUAAUAGAUCUAGAUGUGAAAUUGCAGAAGUCAUCAGGCUUGCAAGAGGAGACUAACAAUUAUGACGAACAGACCACGAAAAUACGAGCAGCUCUACGGGAGUUGAACAACAAAUAUUUUAAAAUGUCAACGUUGCGUACUAUAGGCAAAACGAUACACGGUGCUAACAUCGAAAUUUUAGAAAUUGGCUUAAAAGACGAUAGAGCCAGACUUACUGGUCGGCCAUCCUUAAUAUUCCUAAGUGGGCUCGAACAAGGUUCACCAGCCACAUCUCAAACGCUUUUAAAACUCGCAGAAGAAUUCUUGAGUAAUUACGGACAAGACAUACGAAUUAAGAACUAUUUAAAUAAUUUUACAAUAUAUAUCGCACCAGAUUUAUAUCCAAAUUCGAAUAAAACACAAACCUGCUCGACGCAUGAAAGUCCCAUUAAAUUUACUGCAGGAGGCAAAUUGAACGGUGAUGCGAAGAUUAUAAUGGAUUGGUUUAAAGAAGUAAAUGCAGUAAUUUCAAUUAAUUUGAAUAGUGGAACUCUGGGCGUAGAACUUCCAAAUGUCGAAUUUGACGAGUUACAUGGAAAACGGAAAACUGUUGAUGGUGUCUUAUUAACAAAUUUGGCAUUAGCUUAUACGACACCUCAUCCGUUGAUGAAGACCAGCAAUUUUAAAUGUCAGGAUGUAAUAGAUUCAAGGAAAGAACAAGUUAUUCCCGGUUCACCUAUUUUCCGCAGUGUUGAAGAGGAUUCUAUACUGAAUUACGUAUACUUAAACACAAGUUCUAUAAUGUUAAACGUUUAUGUAACUUGUUGUAAUACCGAUUAUUACGAAGACGUUUGGCAAGAAAAUAAGGAAAGUCUCUUGGCCAUUUUUGACGAAGCCAGUAAAGGAGUAGCUGGUUACAUUACGAAUGAAAGCGAUGAGCCAAUUGAAAAUGCUAUUUUGUCUUAUGAUGGGUCUAUUCAUCAUAUCAGAAGUGAGAAAAUGGGCGCUUAUUGGCUGUUAUUGCCGUCUGGAAAUCACACGAUAACAGCGGAAGCAUCAGGAUUUCAUCCAAAAACUAAAUUCAUCGCUACUCCAAAUUUGAGAAAAUUCUCGCAUUUGAUGUUCAAAUUGCAGAGGGACGAGACUGUUCUUGGUAUGCCUAGGCUCGUGUUUAUUAUUAUUGCCGGUAUGAUUUGCUUGGGAAUCGUGGCUUCCGGUGUUUGCUGCUACGCGAAAUUUCAAACGAAAAGAGUCAAGGAUAAUGGAAAAAAAGAUUAUGCAUUCAGUCUCCUUCGAGAUGGUAAUACAUUUUUUGACGAUGAUGAAAAAGAAGUUGAAAUAUUCAAGAGGCCUAUAAAUGGACACGGGUCAACUAUCGAUACUACCAUCGCAAGGCCAUACUUUGAUGACAACGGAUCCAGUUCCGAAGAGGAAGGUAGCGAUUUAGAAUUUAUAAGGCCAGAACAGGAAUUACGAAGUUCAUUUCAAGGAAUGUCCUAACAAUAUUAAUCCGUUUAUUAUAACUUAUCCAGGAUUUAUUCCAGUUGUAUCCUACCAAGCAUAUCAAGCGUAAGUGAAGCUAUAUGAAUACGAGAGAUACGAAGUAUAAUUGCUUCUCUCCUUCGUAUUAAUGUUGCUGAGAUAUGUAUGUAUUGUAUGUGUGCGCGAAUGGGUAUAUCACUAUGUACAUAAAUUACUACAGACGUUUUCAACAUCUUCAGUUGAAAAUUAUCCUCUGCAUGAAUAGUGAAAUUGCAGAAAGUCUGUUCGUGUAUUUAAUCGCAGGAUUUUUUUUAAUUGUAUGAAGGAAUCAAUUUGAUGGACUUCCACAAUUUAGUGCCUUUGAAAACUUGAAUGCUUGUUCCACUGAUCAAGUACAAUUCCAUAUCCUCGAAUAGGAUAACAACAUUAAUAAUUAUAAAUCUUCGAGUCUUCUGCGAUAAUAGUAAUAACAAACUCGUAUACAUCAAUUUUACCGUUUUGAAUACGUAGCUUAGGUAAUUUUCAACGAAGAAUUAGGGGAAUUAUAUAUAAUAACGAACAGAGUGAUACAUACACUGUCAGUUUUAAUAAUUUUAUACAGGUGCGACUGUUAUAAUUAACACAAAUGCCUUUUAUUGUAAUAUUUAACACAUUUUUAAAUGUUAGAAAGCACACAACGUAAGUUCAAAAUUUUAAUAGUUAAACUAAUGUUGAAUCAAAUACUAUCGAUUUUCUAUUAUCAUACAUGUUUCGUUACCAAUGACUUCCAGAAAUGAAAACAAAAACAGUAAAGUCAAUUAUUAACAUAACUUAUCGUGGCAAUCAGAAAUUAUUACCGUAUGUGAAUGUAGUACAUAUUACGUGAGUUCCUGUCAAUUUUUAAACCUAAUGCAUAAAUGGAAACUUUUUUCUGUUAAUCCAAAGAUCGUUUCCAUAGGAACUUUUAUUCGUUUCAUUUACUUUUCAAACUUCCACGAUUACUUUGUGAAGAUAUCACGUAAUUCAUAAGUUACCUGUAAAAUUUUAGAAGUAUAUUACUAAAACUAAUGGAGAUAAAUAACUUUCUUAACAUUUACACAUAAUUCUGACGUCUAUAGUUGAAAGAAUAACACAACAUGAAUGAAAAUACAGUUUUAAAUGCGACAUUCGAAAAGUACUUAAUUAUUAUGGUUUAUUUUUCAUAAAUAAACAUACAAAAUAUACGAUAUGAUUCUUUA